AGACUAGCGGGAAAGGACCUGUCGGGCAGAUUAGGGAAAGGAAAGGAAGGGGAAGGGCGAAGAAUCAUGACGGCUCUGGUUGCAGUGUGCAGUGUUGUAGGGAGGAAAAGCUUGACCACGGCUGCAGUCCGUCUCGCGGAUCGCGGAGCUCAAGCGGUGUUGUGGAGAAGAAGUUGUGCACAGUAUAAACAGGUAGCCAGCAAUGAGGACCUGCCAAUCCCGAUGGAAAACCCCUAUAAGGAGCCCCUUAAGAGGUGUAUCUUGUGCGAGAAACGUGUGGAUUAUAAGAAUGUACAGCUUUUGUCUCAGUUUAUCUCUCCAUUUACCGGAUGCAUUUACGGACGGCACAUAACAGGUCUUUGUGGGAAGAAACAGAAAGAAAUAACGAAAGCCAUUAAGAGAGCUCAAAAAAUGGGGUUUAUGCCAGUUACAUUCAAGGAUCCGGCAUAUCUCAAAGACCCUAAAGUGUGUAACAUCAGAUACCGGGAAUAAAUUGUGUGAAGUUACUGCCAAUAAGCCUGGAAGUGAACGUCAGCACUGACGGAGCUGCUUUGAGUAAAAGUGUCUUUCAGGGGAUUAGGAGGGAUGUACCCUUCCACACCAUGAGUGUGCUCUGGACACACUGCUUGAGAUGGUAAUGUUACCUUGUACAGUUUGAUAAAAGUGGUACCUCAUUGUGUCGCA